CAUCACCUUACAAACUGAAACCUACAUGCCAUUUAAACAUUGAUAUUAUGGAAAAUGAGCAUUUAAAAGGACAAAAUAACAUCUAAUCACUAUAGCAAAAUUCUAAAAUCGAGAAAAAGAGAAAAGGAAAUCUCAGAUCCAAACGAUAUGCUCAACGAUGACAAUGUAAUAUUUUCUUUUAAUUAUUCUAAUAAGCGUGCAUCUCAACAACACUGUAAAAGCAAGUUGUCAUACGUGUCGUCCUCAGGACGUAAUGGCCUACAAUGUAAAAGUCCGUCUAUUCGAUUGAGAUUAAUAUGAUAAUGGGACAGUUCCAUUUCUUGUGUGCUACCAUAGUGCUGGCUCUUUUUCCCAACAGUUUAUCAGCAGAUAAAUUCAAUUGGACGUCAACACCAACGUCAUCGUUAACUAUUCUGUAUGGACAAAACUUGACUCUCACUUGGAACGUCGACCUGUCUCCUUCCAUUACGUUUCAGUCAGCCACUGUAUGGCAGACAAAGGGCAACAAUAGAAAUCCUGUCAUCUCCUAUUAUGUCAACGGUAGUAAGUCCAUUUUCGGCCAAACUUUUCAAAACCGAACAGCAGACCUAGCAUUAACAGCUAUCCAAUCAGGAUCCAUUGUCAGUAUCAGAUUUGAGUAUGCCUACCUCAUUAAGAGCACUGAUGAAGGUGCGUAUGACGCAUCCGUGACCGCAGCAUCAGAAAUCACUGAUGUUUCUCCCAACAAGACAAAUGUAACAAUUAACGAUAGAGAGAUCUGGAUGACAUACCCACCAAGCUUGACAAGGAUACAAGGACAAAGUAUGACGUUAAUAUGGAAGGGUAACUUUCCAUAUCAAAAGUUUCUAUUUGCUAAAGUCUGGAUAUCAAAGAAUGGUAAUAAGGAGGAUGUCGCUUUUUAUAAAGCUGAAAAUGGCACAGCUGAGGCUAGAGGGUCCUACAUUAACCGAUCAGCACACAUUAGUCUCACCGUUUCUCAAAUACGAUCUGUUGUAAUUGUGACAUUUGUUUUGGAAAAUCUUUUAAAGAACACAGACGAGGGUGCGUUUGAUUUAACUCUAACGCUUAGUGAUAACACUAUCACAGCUCCAAAAACACCACUUAUGAUCAAUGUUAUCAAAAAAGUGGUGAAGAGCACAUUCAAGUGUAACAGCUGUACAUACGAGUCAGGGUUAGGUGAUCACAGGUCUAUAGUCUUCAAUACUCUAAAAGAAAAGAUAGAGAAAAUGCUCAGAUUAGUAUAUGCAGUCCAUAAGUACGUCAAGUCUGUAGAUGUAUCGGCAUUUUGGCCAGGAAGCGUAAUUGUGGAGUUUAAGCUCACACUGAUCGCUAAUGUCUCUGACCCAUUGUCACCAUUUAAAGCAGCCGUAUGCAAACAAGGAGGGAGUCUUGAAGGAAUCAAUAUAGAUCUUAACAGCAUACAAGAAGGGACCUAUAUCUUACCUACGACUACUAUUUCGACAACUGUAGAAACAGCAAUAGAAACAACAGCAAGUACAGGGACCUAUAUCUUACCUACGACUACUAUUUCGACAACUGUAGAAACAGCAAUAGAAACAACAGCAAGUACAGAAAGUUGUCAGGGCCGUCAGGGCUGUCAGGGCUGUCAGGGCUGCCAGGGCAGUCAGGUGUCUGUUAUAGUCCUUGGUGUGCUAUUUGGUGUGUCACUGAUUUUCAAUGUCAUCUUCGUUGGUUAUUUUAUUUGGAGGCAUUUGACAGAGAAUAGCAGACACGCAAAGAAAAGUGAGAACAUUAACGAAGUUGGAUACAUGAAUACGUUUGCGCUUCAAGAACAACCAACCAGYACUGAUGGACAGAAUGUGGUGCAGUACGAGCCUGUUGGCAACGGUAGAGAACARGAAUCUGCUAACACGACCAUGUACCAGUCGGUCAGCMYACACACAGAUACUUACAGYWCACUUAGUCCAAGUACUAAGCUACCUCYUAAGCCUGCAGRCAUCACGACCAGUGGUAUCUACCARGAYAUUCCAGCUACUUCUCAACAGUAYCAGUCUCUCGACAGCUUUAGCCGAGUCUAGACUGACUUGUUAAUUGGAUGYACRUUUUGUUCUUCUGAACCAACCAAGCACUUACUUCACAGCGAAAGAGUCUUCGGCUUACUCCAGGCCAGAAAGUWKUCUUAAGACGCCUUAAGCUGCCACAGUGCCCCGCCCAAUUUACUUUUUUUAAGUUGCGRCGACUUAAGGCGACUUUCUGGCCCGGGGUAGGCCUAAUUUUGGGUUUUGUAUUUAUCAUACAAUGAACUGAUUGUCACUCAGCACUGCACUUGCAAUAUUUGUAGCGGAAAUCAUAUACGACUUCCAGUUAGAGUUCAAUUUGGUAAACAUCCGCUAGGGAGCUCUUUAAUAAGUAUAAAAAAUUAGCAAUCCUUCGUGUCAGUGAAAUUUGAUCUUUUUGAAAGACUCAUGACAAUAUUGACAUAACUAUCA